CAUAUCAUCCGCCAUUACAUUUUGGAGUUUGCGUAAAUUGGUCGUUGCGCUGUCUGUGCCACAAGCACCGAGCGUUAUCAGUGACAGUUAAACUCAUUAGUGCGUUGUAUCGCAGUGUUUUAUUGAAACAAAGAGUAGAGACGUUAUAUCGUAUGUCCAUCCAGAAUCUCAACACAUUCGACCCAUUCGCCGAUGCUAUCAAAAGCUCGGAAGACGAUGUUCAAGAUGGAUUAGUCCACGUCCGGAUCCAACAGCGGAACGGACGCAAAACGCUAACAACGGUACAAGGCCUCUCGUCGGACUAUGACCUGAAGAAGAUUGUGCGGGCAUGCAAGAAGGAGUUCGCGUGCAACGGUACAGUCGUGGAGCACCCCGAGUACGGCGAGGUGCUGCAGCUGCAGGGCGACCAGCGCGAGAAUAUUUGCCAGUGGCUCACCAAGUCGGGGCUUGUUAAGCCCGAGCAACUCAAAGUUCACGGCUUCUAAGCCUCUACAUAACAUGUCCAACACCGUGACAUCAUCAUAGUUUUCUAAUAUUAUGAGAUCGUGCGCGUAACCCUAUAAUCGAAUAAUUAUGUAUUUAGAAAGCACCGAUAUAUACAGAGAGAAAACGAACGGCCCUCGUGGCCUCCCGCGCCCUGUGCCUUGCUGUCUCCCAGAAAUAUUGUAAUUUAUAAAAAUAAAUGUAUUUUUGACUAAUCGACGCCGUCUCUUACUCGGACAGCUUUAGUUGCAAUUAACGCCGAACGAAAUAGUUAAUAAAUCAGUUUGUUUUUGUGCGACAUUAUUAAUAAAUUGCUGUAAUAAGUAUAUGAUGUGUCUCAAUAAUUAAACAUGUUUUUGUA